UAGGCCCGCCUCUUCCUCACACCCCUCCGCUCUCUCACUCUUGAUGGUUCUCACGCCCGCCACGGUCUGAUAGCUGGGCCUCUGUAGCAGGACGGACGCUCUCUUAACAGGAUGAGGAUGUGGCGAUGUGUAGUGUAUGUGUGUCUGGUGAUGGUGGUGAGGAAAGGAGCUGAAGGCGUGCCCAAACCCGGUUACCUGACGGAGGAGGGAGGUGUGGUAAGCGUGGCGGUGAAGAGGAUCAUGACAGACUACCUGGCUGGAUGUCACCUGGUCAUCGUCUCUACCACACAACACUCACCUCUAGACCUUAACCCAACCAGGACGGUGUAUGGUGGUGAGGUGUGGAGAGGUGUGCAGGCGGUGGACGCUGUAUCACUGUUCACCCAGGACGAGGCCGAUCAGCAGUACCUCCUUCAGGCACUGUUGGGUGACGCUUACACACUAUGCCACGCCCUUGUACUCGACCUUACUAACAACACCUUGGCUCUACGGUUCCUGGAGGCUUCUAGGGUGUGGCGGGACUCAGACACGAGCGUCAUAUUGGCUGGUAAGACGAGAGGAGCGCUGGACGUUCUCCUUCACCCUGGUCUUCGCAACACACUCCGCGCCCUGUGUGUUGUGCCUGACCGCCGCCGCCGCCCCCUCCCGGCCAACACUACAGGAGGCGGCGGCGGGGAGGUGAGGGUGUACAGAAGGUGUCUCUACUGCAGGAAGGGGCAGCCCGGGGUCCAGCUGGCCAUGAACUGGAACCUAACCUCCAGGGAUCACCAGACACCUGUGUUCCCUCCUGGUGAGUCCUUCCCAACAAGUUCUAUCUCUCAUAAUCUUUAAUUGCUGAUGAACUAGUGUAAUUGUUAAUAGUGUCAUGAACUUAAACUGACUCGUAGAACAAGUAAUUAUUGUAUCUAAAAGACCAACACACACUAUCUUCCACUCCACACAUGAGUUUUAUAAGUUCAUAUA